AUGGCGACAACGACUGGUCGGCCUGCUUUCGCGAGGCAGUACACUCAACCAAAGUUCGUGACUCACGAGGCAAUAGCUUCUGGUCUUCUCAACCAGGGUCAUUGCAGUGCGGUGGGGAUUUUGCUUCCGUGGAAGUCAGCGCUGACAAACGAUGACAACUUGUUGAACUCCCUUGUUGGCCGUAUGCAGCAAGAUUGGGAGAGUUUGCAACGAGUGUGUGGGAUGUUCCAGGCAUGUCUCCAGCAGUUUCUGACCAGUGUCCCCAAAACCUUUUCGGACUCAGUGCUGGCAGAAAUCAACAAAGCGUCUUCGGGCUUGAUUAAUUUUUUUGACCAACAAUUUGACAACACUUUGGAAUUGUUCGAGCUUCGUCAUGGAGACGCAGACCUGACGAACUUGAUGGAGCAAUCAGUGCCGCCAGCAGACUUGGGAAAAGCAGAGAAAGAAAGCAAGGACAAAGCGAGCGAGCCCUUCGGCAACAUCAGUGGUCUGGCCGCGUUGGACUUCAAGCACCUGAACGAUCGAUAUGUUCGAGGAAAGGCAGCGGUCGACGCCUACAUGGCAACCAACCACCAAUUGAUCCAUGUGAGCAGCUUGGUCAUGGCACAUGGCCAAAUUGUAUCAGCCCUGCAAUCUUUGCCACACAAUACGCUCACCAUUCUUCUGGUGGAUGUGACAGUCUGGCCUUCUCGUGCGGUUGCGAUUGAUAAGUGCAUCCAAUUGUGCCAGGGCAUCAGCACAGGGAACUCCAAGUGUUUGACCUUCUUUCUGCUUCCCCAAGCUUGGAACGCUUCUCACCGCGCCCAAGUGAAUCGCAACAAGCGCCUAUUGGAAGACAAGAUUCAGGGGCGCCUUGGCGCACGCGUCGGUGCAAUGGUGAACAGCGCGACAUCGGCCUUCAAUCGAUCCCGCGCGCUCUUGGGAUCGAUAACGCAAGUGCAGCGGUUCGCGGAGUGGUCCCACGCGGCCUGGGACAUGCAGCGGGAACGUCUUGAAGAGCCAUCGUCCAAAUUGGAUGUCCGGUUCAUAUCGGUGUACCAUGACGACUCCAACGACAUGGCCAGUCAUACGGAGCUCAUCCGGGGCAAAAUCAUGAGGGACUGGUGGGACGGUAGUGACCAGGCUGGCGCCAAAAGUCGCUCAUCUGCAACUUUCGGCGAAAGCCUUCCCGCACUGGAUUGCCUUGCGGUCAUCAACGGUGAUGUCAAGAAACUCGAA